GAGGGCAACAAACUGCUGGUGAGGAAGGUGGACGAUGCCGUCAACACCACCUUCGUCUGUGAGGCCAAGAACAAGAUUGGCACCAGCAAGCACCAGAUUACCACCGUCGUCAUCGAAACAAUGAGGCUCGACUCAGGCGGGUCGGUAGGUGCCAUAGUCGGUGGAAUCCUCGGUGCCCUCGUGGUUAUCGGCAUCAUCAUCAGCAUCAUCAUCUUCAUACGCAAACGGCAGGAGGACUUUGAGGGCCCUCCCAAACACAAGCCACCUCCCCCUGUGAAGGCAGGCAGCUCUACAGAGAUGCUGAACAAACCAUCAGAGCCUCCAACGGCCACAGAGAUGGUUCCUCUGACUCCGGUUUACUAUGAGACCACAGGCGGGGAGCCUAUCACGAAUCUGGAUGAUGACACCAGUGGUGCACUGAACGGCGGCGCCCCUCCCAUCCUAGAUGACAACGUCAACGACCUCAAAGAUCAUGCAGCUGAUGAAGGUCACCGAGGUAACGACCUGGACUCCUCCAAUCACGACCUGCCACCUGCCAACAUUGGUCGGGGCGAGAGCUUCGUAUCUCCCGCCAUGUACGUGUAGCCACGGGAGAAACUGACGAGUGUCACGAGCAUAUGAGCAAGCCGCAGGUCACUUAAAGUUUGCAUGACAAGUGAAAGCGAGAACGCCGCUGCCACUUUUGAAAUCUCUUCUAUUGUACAUUAAACUUUUCAAAUUU